AUUAUUUUUACUGCCUUCAGCUAUAUUCGACUUCGUCUGUAAAAAUGAGUGGUUCCAGAAGUAUAUUAAUAACAGACGAAAAUAAAAUAUGGGCACAUUUUGGAAGAAAUAAAGAAACCGUUAUUAGAGAUAUAAAUAAUAUCAAAUAUUGGAUCAAAAUUAAUAAUUAUUUUCCUGAAAUUCCAGAUGAUAUUAUGAUUCAAUAUUUUUUGACGAUCUGUAACUUUAGCAUUGAAAGAGCAAAACAAUGUUUGGAUAUGUAUUACGCAGUGAGAACAGUUAUUCCAGAACUCUUUAUGAAUAGGAGUCCAUCAUCUAGCGGUAUGGAAUCGACAUACAAACAAAUGACUUGCUUCCCGUUACCUGAUCUUACUCCAAAUUUAGAAAGAAUUAUAAUGGUAAAAAUCAAUGACGUAGAAGUGGAUACGUUUAAUACAAUCAAACUAUCAGCUUUGGCAUAUGCCAAUAUGUUUGAAGUGAAAAUGUGGGAAGAUCUUUGUUUGGGCGAAAAAAUAUUUGUUGAUUUAAAAAAUAUAAAAAUUAGCCAAGCUGCAGCAGUGGGUCCCAAAGAUAUUAGAAAGAUCGGAUUUAUUUUGGAGAAAGUAUGGAAUUUGCAUCUUAAAGAGUAUCACUUCAUGAAUGUACCUACAUAUGCGGAAAAGUUGGUCCAACUGUGUAAAAUUGUGUUGGGAAAAUCGUUGGGCGACAAAAUUUUUGUUCAUAAAUCAAUUGAAGAGGUGUACAAGUUUAUUCCAAGAGAAAUUUUGCCAAAGGAAUAUGGAGGUAGUCAAAAGUCGUUAUCAGAACUUAAUGAUGCAUGGUUAAAAAAAUUAAGACAGUAUGAUGACCGCUUUGCAGUACUGGAAAAUAUGGAUAUCAUCAAUGCUAAUAGACCGAAAUUUGGUACCAAUAACCUUUCCGAAUAUUAUGGAAAUUAUAUGAAAAUCGAUGUGGAAUAAUUCGUUAAUAGUAGUUAAAAGUAGUAUAAUUACUAGAACAGUUGGAAGACAAGAUAUUUAAGAAGAUAAUAUAGAUAUAGUAUAAUGCUUUUAUUGUUCCUGGGCAGGUACUACUGCUCCUAAUAAUCCUAAUAAUUGUAUAUUUUUGUAUUAUGAUUUAUCUUAGUAUCAUAAUCUUGUAUAUAAUUCAUUAAUAAUAUAAAUGUUGUUUAAAACAUCAAAUUUGAUGUUAAUAAAAUGUUGAUAUUUCAAACA